CUGAAAAACGCCGCACAGGGAGGGGCGACGGAGCAGCUCUUAACUUUCUGUUUCAGUGACUCUAAGCGUUCUCUGCCCACAGAGCGAUACUUUACUUUUUAUUUCGACGUUUCUAAGACACACAGCGUUGUUCAUCCUGCAGUGUGAAAUUUCUUUUUAGCUAUUCAGAGGUGGACUUGCUUGUGUGCUUUGCAUCAUUUUCCAGCUGCAUAACUUAACUGUGCUUGAACUUCAGGCCAUGGCCAGACAGGCGGACAAUCUCCUUCAGAAUUUUCAGAUGGAUGAGUUUACAGAGGAGGACUAUGACAUCAUAACUGUUGAUGAAAUUAAAGAAACACUGACCCAUGAAGAUCUUCCAUCAGUUGUCAGCAAGAUUAAGGAUUAUUUUGAACAGCAAGACCGUGUGGAGCUGAACAUUGCUGUGACUGGAGAGUCCGGCUCUGGAAAAUCCACCUUCAUCAAUGCUUUUAGGGGAAUGGGGGAUGAGGAGGAGGGCUCUGCAGAAACUGGUGUUGUAGAGACGACUAAGUUUCCCACACCUCACCUACAUCCAAAAUACCCAAAUGUCAAAUUGUGGGAUCUUCCUGGCAUUGGAACACCCAACUUCAAAGCUAAUCACUAUCUUAAACAAGUUGAAUUUCAACGGUAUGAUUUUUUCAUCAUCAUCGCCUCAGAUCGCUUCAGAGAAUGCCACGCCACUUUAGCAGCAGAGAUAGUAAAAAUGGACAAGAAGUUCUACUUUAUUCGCUCAAAGAUUGACAGCAACAUUUCUGCUGAGAAAAGAAAGAAGAAGAAAAUAUUCGAUGAGCAAAAUAUACUGGAUGCUAUCAGAAAAGACUGCAUUGAAGGGCUGGAAAAGAUUGGUGUAGACUCUCCUGUGGUCUUCCUGAUCUCAUGCUUUGACCUUGCCCUCUAUGAUUUCAACUAUCUUGAAAUGACCAUGGAGACAGAACUUCCCCAGCACAAGAGACAUAUGCUGAUGCUGGCCCUUCCAAACAUCAGUCUGGAGAUCAAUGAGAGAAAGAAGAAAGCCCUGCAGAAAAAUAUAUGGAAGCUAGCUCUGAUGUCUGGUGCUGUUGCAGCUGUUCCGAUUCCUAUAGCAAAUGCAGCUUUUUCAGUCAUUGUAGAUGUGAUGAUUUUGGUGGUAGAACUUAAAAAAUACUACAAUGCCUUCAGUGUUGAUCCUGCCUCCUUGCAGAGGCUCGCUGACAGAUCAGAAAGGUCAGUAGAUGAGUUGAAAGCAGUAAUGAAGUCUCCUUUGCAUGCAGAAAUAAACAAAGAUCUGGUUAUUAAAUUGCUGGCUGGUUGCGCUGUUGGUGGUUUAGAAGCAGCAGCAGAAUUCUGGCUGGGUCUCAUCCCUGUUGUGGGAUCUCUGGUAGCAGGUCCGCUUUCCUUUGCCACUGUGUAUUUCACACUGAAGAGUUGUCUUAAUGGGCUGGCUGAAGAUGCCCGUAAUGUGCUCAUGGCUGCUCUGGAAACUCCGGUGUGAAAGCGUGUAUUCUCUUUAAAUUCUGUAAGGUAGCUUUAAAAACUUGUCUAAUGUCCCCAUAACAUCAUGGCGUAAGUAAUGAUCUGACUGGCUGCCAAUACUGUGACAGAUGGAGAAUGUUAAUCUAGAAUUAAUUUGAUGAGAUCGUAGAUUCAUGAUUGUCCCAGUCAGAGUUCUGAGAAUUGGCAGCAUGUAUAAAUAUCUAAAAUAUCUAUAACGUAUAACGUAAGAAAAAAAAAAUAUAUAGAAUAUUAUAUUCUAUAAAAUGCCUUGCAGUUCUUUUAAGGUUUGUGUUUGUUUUGUGUGGAGGCUUAUUGUACCGUGUUUUACAACCUUCAAUCUGAUUAUUAAAGUUUACAACAGAAGAUGCAUCUCACGUGUGCACACACACACUAUGUCAUCCAAAUAAAAAGAGAUCAUGUGAAUGUGG